UACUGGCCAACUCAACACCGCCCCCUGCUGGUACGCGGUCGCACCGACGUCGUGCGAUGACAUCACUGCGUCCUCCGUUGCCAGGUAAUUCUUCCGGAAGGACCAAGCCCAACCCGACGUCGCUGAACGCUUCGUGGACCUCUUCUUGCUUCAAGAAGUAGAAAAAAAGUGCAAAUGAAAGUCGUGCACGUCACCACGUCCCAACGUCUGCCCGACUUUUAUUGUGAAGAGUAGUUCUCCUCGCGGUGGGCGUCUCGUCACUGCGUGCAGCUUUACGGCGCCGGGGAUCAAUACAUAGCACUUAUUAUUAUUUUUAUUGACGCGAACUCAAACGAUGCCGACGACAUGUCGCCGUUGCGCGUCCCGGUUGUGGUGAGAUCGCGUCCCCGGACCGGGUGAUGUCCGCCCGGCCGCCUCUGCAGCAGCAGCCCGCUAACAGAGCCAGCCCUCCCACCCGGCUAGCCGGUGCCGAUGACUGGCUGUUUCCCUGACAUUCAUCCGCAGUGGGAGCUGGCAUCAUGGCCGGGAAGGUGAAGUGGGUGACGGACAUUGAGAAAUCAGUGCUCAUCAACAACUUCGAGAAGAGGGAAUGGCUUCAAGUCACGGAGAACGACGACUGGAAUUUCUACUGGAUGAGCAUCCAGACCAUCAGGACCGUGUUCAGCGUGGACACCGGCUACCGCCUGUCGGAUGACCAGAUGGUCAACCACUUCCCCAACCACUACGAGCUGACCCGCAAGGACCUGCUGGUCAAGAACAUCAAGCGCUACCGCAAGGACCUGGAGAAGGAAGGCAGCCCGCUGGCGGAGAAGGACGACAACGGGAAAUACAACUAUUUAGACUUCGUGCCCGUGACCUUCAUGCUGCCCGCCGACUACAACCUCUUCGUGGAGGAGUACCGCAAGAACCCAUCCAGCACCUGGAUCAUGAAGCCCUGCGGCAAGGCCCAGGGCAAAGGCAUCUUCCUCAUCAACAAGCUGUCCCAGAUCAAGAAGUGGUCCAGGGACAGCCGCACCUCCACGUUCGUGGCGGCGGCCAGCGGCAAGGAGGCCUACGUCAUCUCGCUGUACAUCGACAACCCGCUGCUGAUCGGGGGGAAGAAGUUCGACCUGCGGCUCUACGUCCUGGUGACCACGUACCGGCCUCUGAAGUGCUACAUGUACAAACUCGGCUUCUGCAGGUUCUGCACGGUCAAGUACACGCCCAGCACCAGCGAGCUGGACAACAUGUUUGUCCACCUCACCAAUGUGGCCAUCCAGAGGCACGGGGAUGACUACAACCACGUCCACGGAGGCAAGUGGACGGUGAGUAACCUCCGCUUGUACCUGGAGAGCACCCGAGGGAUGGAGGUGACCAGCCGCCUGUUUGACCAGAUCCACUGGAUCGUGGUGCAGUCGCUGAAGGCCGUGGCCCCCGUGAUGAACAAUGACAAGCACUGUUUUGAGUGUUACGGCUAUGACAUCAUCAUCGAUGACAAGCUCAAGCCGUGGCUUAUUGAGGUCAACGCCUCACCCUCGCUGACCUCCAGCACGGCCAACGACCGCAUCCUGAAGUACAACCUCAUCAACGACACCCUCAACAUCAUCACGCCCAACGGGGACAUCCCCGACUGCCGCUGGAAUCGCAGUCCGCCCCGAGAGGCCCUGGGCAACUAUCAAGUCCUGUACGACGAGGAGCAGGCGCAGAGCGAGAACGCCGAGCGUGACCUCCGGAGCCGCUCGGGUCAGUCCCUGGGGUCAAAGGGCACCAAGGGGAGCGCGGGCGUUCGACCCGCCGCCGCCACCUGGAAGUGAGGCGACACGGCUGACUGUACGCGGUGACGACGGGUUCCAACAGGGGGAGAAUAAAAACUCAACAAAAUAGGCCCCAGACUUUUUAUGUAUUUGUCCCAGCUCUUGAGCGGAGGACCGCUUCCCCCGUCUCCACAUUUCACCGAGUGAGUCCACAGGGGGCGACGCCUCUGCUGCCGGGAGGGGAGGAAGAUCAACAACGGAGAGUUUAAAGGCCGCAGUUUGUUUCGCCGUCCGUAUGAAUGAGUAACCGAACAUGUCGACGCGACGCGGCGGGGGUCAAUAACUCGGCAGCUACAGCAGUUCCCUAUGAAGAGAAGGAAAAACGUCCUCCACGGCAGAGGGAAAACAUGGAUGACGCCUCGGGAGAGGAAGAUCCCCGUCAUUGGAGACCGAAAAAUGACAAGUACACAAAUAUAAAAGAAAGUCGUAUGUUGUGUACAAGAGAAGGACGACAACAACCUGAGCGAUGCAUGAUUACUGAGUCGUGUGAGAGGAAGUGGUUCGUAUAAAGAAUAUAGAGGAACAAGACAUGUGUCUAAUGUAAAGGGUAUAUAAAGAUAUAAUAGAAUGAUAGCCAGAGUCGACACUAAACGUGUAUAAGAACGCAAAAUACAAUUUAAUACGUUUUUUAUAGGUUUAUUAUCUAUAUGCAUAUGCAGUGCUGAACAUCAUUACUUUAUUUUUGCUUGAAUAAAAAAAAAAAUUGUUGCACAUUGAAAAAUCCGAAAUACUAACGUGUGUGUUGGGAAUAUUGAUUCAGCGAUGAUGAGUUAACAGACUGAGGGAGGCCGUCGGUAUUUCACUUUUUUUUUGCAGUAUAGUUUAUUUUCUAGUAUUUUUUUUAACAGUUACAAGGUUUCACCAGAUACAUGCAGCGUUAUAACUCCGAGAGCCUUUUGGAGAUACGGUGUUACCCUAAAACAAAGCCCACCGCUAGUUUUCGCUUCUUUAUUGUGGUUAUAAACUGUGCAGCUUUUGUUGUGGACAUAACUUUGCAGUAUUGAGAUAUCUCUCUUUUUGAGAAGUGCAUUGCUUCCUUCUAGUUUGUGUCUGCCUUUUAAUAAAAUGUCCAUAUUGGUGCUGCCUUGACAAUAAACUUUUUUCAUUUUA